AAAAUGCAUCUGGGGCUUUGGAUGCUCUUGUAUUUCUGAAGAGGUCUUUCCCCCAAAGUUGCCUCCUGUCACGGUUUGAUCCAGGCUGAAAUUCUUCACGCUCAACCACUCCAUCUUGCUUCGCCAUCUCCAAUGUGCCGCCAUUUUGUGGGGGAUUAUAGGCCAGUGGUGCUGGAAGACAGUUGCAUAGCUUCUUCUUGACAACGAAACUGGAAGGCAGAUUGUGCUUCACCCUUUCCUCUCCUGGGCCUGGGAUUUAUAAAUUUCUUCUCUUGGUUCUUUCUUUUCCUACCUCAAAGGCUGAUUUGAAAAAGUUCAAACAUUUUCCAAAAACGGAUAUCAAAAAUGACAAGUCUGUUCCGACGGAGCAGCAGCAAUGGCGGCUCGAGGAACAGCUCUUCCGCUCAGGAACUUAACAAUAGCCGCCCCACAAGGCAAGUAAGGAGGCUGGAGUUUAACCAGGCGAUGGAGGAUUUCAAGACCAUGUUCCCCAACAUGGAUUAUGACAUCAUUGAAUGUGUGUUGAGGGCCAACAAUGGCGCCGUAGAUGCCACCAUUGAUCAACUGUUACAGAUGAAUUUGGACUGCAGUGAGUGUGAUGAGAGUUCAGAUUCGGACGACAGUAUUCCCCCGGAGAUUCUGGAACGGACAUUGGAACCUGACAGUUCAGAUGAGGAGCCCCCCCCAGUUUACUCUCCUCCUUCCUAUGAUAUGCAUGUGUAUGGCCGAAAGUACUUGCAGACUCCUCCAGUACCACCACCCAGGACUGAUAUCCAGAAUUCCAGUGGUUCACAAGCACAAAGGCGAUACAGGGACUGGAACCCACCAUUAUUAGGGAAUCUUCCAGAUGACUUCCUCCGCAUCUUACCGCAGCAAAUGGAUACGGUACAGAGUACCCAAAGCUGUCAUCAGACCACCCAGAGCCCUGGAAGCCAGAGGGCCCAGGGGUCACUGGAUCAGGAGAAGAAAUGGAAGCAGUAUUUGGAAGAUGAAAGGAUUGCCCUGUUCCUCCAGAAUGAAGAGUUCAUGAAGGAACUUCAGAGAAACCGAGAUUUCCUCCUGGCUCUUGAAAGAGAUCGAUUGAAGUACGAAUCAAAGAAAUCCAGAAUGAACAGCAUUGCCCUCAGUUCAGAUCCCACUUUGUCCUCAGUAUUAUCUGAUGAGGUCACUCGCUCCUUAACCGGUGUGCCCAGCGGGGCUAUCUCCGAAGAUGCCUUAUUCAGGGACAAGUUAAAACACAUGGGGAAAUCUACACGCAAGAAGUUGUUUGAACUUGCCAGAGCUUUCUCAGAAAAGACCAAAAUGAGGAAGUCAAAAAGAAAACCGCUUUUGAAGCAUCAAGUGAUGGGGACUGCAGCCUCAACAGCUAACCUUCUUGAUGAUGUUGAAGGACAUUCAUGUGAUGAGGACUGCCAGAUAAGGAGGAAGUUACCAGAGGCAGAAGAAUCAUCGAAAGAAGUACAAUAAGAUCCAGAAUUGGCAGUUAGGGGGGAAAAAGCCAAAUGAGAUGAGAAACCGAGAUGGUUAAAAAGGAAGAUAUUUUUUAUGCUGGUGACUCUACCCUGGAAUGGUCCGAGGCUUCCCCGAGUAC